AUGGCGUCCGCGCGCGCGCGCGCGGCUCGAGCGCUCGCCGCGGCGUCGAUCGCCGCGCGGGCGAGCGGUGCGGAGGCGUCUUGGGCGCGCGCGAGCGCGCACGGGACGAUGCGGACGACGGCGGCGUGGAGCGUCGAGGAAACGACGACGACGCGCGCGUCGACGCGCGCGCGGGCGAACGAGGGGGAGACGAUGCGAGCGAUCGCGUUGGCGGGUUUGGAAGCGCCGAGCGACGCGGACGAGCGCGCGGUGUUCGUGCGGGACGUGGAGGAGAUCUUGGAGAUGUGCGCGCGGUUGGACGAGGCGGAGGAGGCGGAGACGGCGGAGGCGAUGUGGACGACGAGGGAGACGAAUGCGGUCACGGGAGAGGGGUUGAGGAUGCGGUUCGAUGCGAGCGCGCGAGUGGGGGCGGGGACGGGGGAGACGGAGCUCGCGAGCGUGGAUCGGGGACGGUUGUUGCGCGAGGCCAAGUAUUCGGCGGGUGAGUUUUACGUUUCUCCGGGAAAGGCGAAGAGCGAGGAGUAG